AAAAAGAGAAAGAGAAAAGGACAAGUACUAGUAGUGUAGUGUAGUGUAGUGUUGUGUUGUGUUGUGUUGGUAUCUCGCCACGCCUCAUUUUGUUUCAAGUUGGAAGUAUCAGCACGCCAUUGCUCUUCUCCGAGCAGACGCAGAGCAUUCCAAUUCCAAUGGCAACAAGUCAAAGUGUUGUUGGCGAAGAACAACAAGAUAACAAGCUCAAGCUUUAUUCAUAUUGGAGGAGCUCUUGUUCCUUCCGAGUCCGAAUUGCUCUCAACCUCAAAGGGCUCAAAUAUGAGUACAAACCAGUCAAUCUGUUGAAGGGAGAACAAUCUAACCCUGAGUUUCUCAAGCUCAACCCUGUUGGCUGUGUUCCUGUUCUGGUCGAUGGCCCUGCUGUCAUCUUUGAUUCGUUCGCCAUUAUUAUGUAUUUGGAGGACAAGUAUCCGAACCAUCCUUUGCUUCCUCGUGAUAUUAAUCAAAGAGCAAUCAAUUUCCAGGCUACCAGUAUUGUUUUCUCAGCAAUACAACCUCUUCAUAACUUGGGUAUUCUGAAUUACGUUGGGGAAAAAGGUGGCCCUGAUGCAAAAAUUCCUUGGGUCCAGAGUGUAAUUAGAAAAGGCUUCACAGCACUUGAAAAGCUAUUGAAAGAACAUGCUGGAAGAUAUGCAACUGGAGAUGAAGUUUUCAUGGCGGAUAUAUUUUUAGCGCCUCAGUUGCAUGCUGCAUAUAACAGGUUCAACAUUCAAAUGCAGGAUGAGUUUCCUAUUCUAGCAAGGUUACAUGAGACAUAUUAUGAGAUCCCAGCAUUCCGGGAGGCUUUGCCAGAGAACCAGCCAGAUGCAGCACGCUAGCUGAACCAAUGAUUUGGGACUGAAAUGCGACCGCAUGUUAAGUUGGAGGAAUUGCAGCUGGGAGUAUUGAUUUACCGUGUGGUUGAAUUUGUACUAAUGUAAGAUACUCUAUGUAGCAAUAAGGUUGCCACCUGCAACAUUGGAUUGCAUGCUUCAUGUACAAUACAAGUGGAUAACUUAUUUGGGUUAUUAGUCUAAUAUCCUAUGUUUGGUUUGCA